CCAUUCUUCUGGCGGGAGUCUGUUCUUCCUUCUCUCCAAACUCUUCUGAAUUUAAUUGUUCUCUGAAUUUGUGUGGCAAGACGCAUCAAUCUCCUCGGUUAUUGGAUUCCUACCAUCACCUGCAAUUCAUUUCGCCUCACUCACAACCUCGGUUUAAUUUCUCCUUUCGUGUCUGUCAUUGUGUAUCUCAAUAUACUUCUUGUGCGUGUGACGGUUCUGAAUUCUGGUGUGUAGUGUUAAGUAGGGCAAUAAUAAAUAAUAUAUGGGACAUUAUAAUAUAUUGCCGCGAGUCUCUAGUGGCAGAUCAACGACUUCGCAAUCGGCAGGGGCAUUGUGUUAUCGCAGUUGUAGGAGAUCGUAUUCAACCGCGUUUAGGGAAGAAAGCGACACUUUUGGCCCUAUCUUAGUUCCCUCCGAUAAGCUUUGGGGGGCACAAACUCAAAGGUCAUUGCAGAAUUUUGAUAUUGGCGGCCAGCGUGAUCGAAUGCCCGAACCUAUUGUUCGGGCGUUUGGCAUCCUCAAGAAAUGUGCUGCCAAGGUGAAUAUGGAGUAUGGUCUUGAUCCAGAAAUAGGGAAAGCAAUCAUGCAAGCCGCACAAGAAGUAGCUGAGGGGAAGUUAACUGAUCAUUUUCCACUUGUCAUAUGGCAAACUGGCAGUGGCACUCAAAGUAACAUGAAUGCCAAUGAGGUUAUUGCUAAUAGGGCGGCUGAAAUCCUUGGGCAUAAGCGUGGUGAAAAGUUUGUUCAUCCAAACGACCGUGUUAACAGAUCUCAAUCUUCUAACGACACAUUCCCAACUGUAAUGCAUAUUGCUGCUGCAAUGGAAAUAAAUUCAAGAUUAAUUCCAAAUUUGAGUACCUUGCAUAAUUCACUACAUUUAAAGUCCAUUGAAUUUAAGGAUAUUGUCAAAAUUGGGCGCACUCACACUCAAGAUGCAACACCUUUGACUCUGGGGCAAGAAUUUAGUGGCUAUACGACACAAGUGAAGUAUGGCAUUGACCGAGUCAUGUCCACUCUGCCUCGCAUUUAUCAGCUUGCACAGGGUGGCACAGCUGUAGGAACCGGAUUGAACACAAAGAAUGGGUUUGAUGUAAAGAUUGCUGCAACAGUAGCCGAGGAAACAAACUUGCCUUUUGUCACAGCAGAAAACAAGUUUGAAGCUUUGGCUGCGCAUGAUGCUUUUGUUGAAACCAGUGGAGCCCUCAACACAAUUGCUACUUCUCUAAUGAAAAUCGUCAAUGACAUACGCUUAUUAGGAAGUGGUCCACGUUGCGGCCUUGGUGAACUCAUUCUUCCUGAAAAUGAGCCAGGCAGUAGUAUCAUGCCUGGAAAAGUCAAUCCGACUCAAUGUGAAGCACUCACAAUGGUCUGCGCUCAGGUUAUGGGGAACCAUGUGGGCAUCACAGUGGGUGGAUCAAAUGGCCACUUUGAGCUGAAUGUAUUCAAGCCAAUGAUUGCUAGUGGUCUCUUACAUAUGAUAGAUCCCUGAUCAAAUUCUCUUAUGCAGUCAUUGAUGCUUGUCACAUCCUUG